AUGACUAGACCUGACAUUGCCUUCCCAGUUAGCGUUGUGAGUCAGUUUCUAAAUUCACCAUGUGAUAGUCAUUGGAAUGCAGUCAUCCGGAUCCUAAAAUACAUUAAAGUAUCACCUGGAAAGGGGCUUGUCUAUACAGACAAGGAUCAUACUGAUGUCAUUGCAUAUGCUGAUGCAGACUGGGCAGGUGAUGUUAGUGAUAGAAGAUCCCUUACAGGUUAUUGUGUUCUUAUUGGAGGGAAUCUAAUUUCCUGGAAAAGCAAGAAACAAACUCUUGUUGCAAGGUCUAGUACAGAAGCAGAGUAUCGUGCUAUGGCUAAUACUACGUGCGAAUUGCUCUGGUUAAAGCACUUGCUUCAGGAGUUGAAGUUUUGUGAGUUAGGACCUAUGGAGCUUGCUUGUGAUAACCAAUCAGCUUUGUAUCUUUCCUCAAAUCCAAUUUUUCAUGAGAGGACCAAACAUAUAGAGGUCGACUGUCAUUUUAUCAGAGAGAAGAUACUCUCAGGCGUAAUCAAGACUUCCUAUGUUCAAUCUAGGGAUCAACUUGCAGAUAUGUUAACCAAGUCUUUACGAGGUCCUAGGAUACAAUAUAUAUGUAACAAGCUGGAUGCAUUAGAUAUAUAUGCUCCAACGCUCCAGCUUGAGGGGGAGUGUUGA